CCUCUCGGCUUCCGUACAGUUAAACUGUCAACCUGUUCAUCAUGGCGUCCUCCAUAAGGGCAGUAACACGGUUUUGCUCUUUUUAUCUGCUUACGUCUUCGAGACAAAAUGUCAGCAGUGGAUUUAGAUGGUCCUGCCGACCUUGCUCCUCUCGACCGGUCAGGAGCAGCCUCUAUGAGCAUGUACGGGACGGGUACAGUCACAAACCCGAGCUGGACAUGCAGCGUGUGUGCGAGGAGACAGAUGCGGUGACAGCGGAGGUGGAGAAUCGGAAAGGAGAUCUGCGGGCAGCUGAUGUCGGAGUUAUAGUCUCAGUCUGGAAGAAACUACAGAAGGUGCAAAAGGAAAUAUCAGAUUUGGAAAAGAGAAAGAAUGUGAUCAGUGGCAAAGUCCGCGCUCUUGUGGAUGAACAUGACAAAUCCACUUUGUCUAGUCUUGUGGAGUACAAAAGUGCUAGAGAAGAGGGUAGAGCACUCAGAGAGAAACUUAGUCAGUUGUAUCUGCAAGAGAGUGAGCUGGAGAAAGAGCAUUACUGCCGCGCUCUAAGGCUGCCCAACAGAACACAUCCAAGUGUGCCCAUCGGAGAUGAGAGCCAGGCCAGAGUGGUUGAAUUGGUUGGUCAGAGACGAGAAUUUGAUUUCAAACCAAAAGGCCACCUGGAAAUUGGAGAGGGUCUUGACAUCAUCAGACAAAGACGGCUUGCCCAUGUGUCAGGGCACAGAUCAUACUACUUGAGAGGGGCAGGGGCCAGACUUCAGUUUGCCUUGCAAACUUUUACUAUGGAUCUUCUUCAGAAACGGGGCUUUAUUCCUAUGGUUGUUCCUGACAUAUUAAAAUCAGUGGUUUUUGAAGGUUGUGGGAUGCAGCCUCAUGCUCAUAAAUCACAGGUGUACUCUCUGGACCCUUCACGCUUUCCUGACCUUAAUCUUGCUGGAACAGGGGAAGUAGGAGUGGCAGGAUAUUUCAUGGAUCAUGCUGUAAAUUUGAAGGAUUUACCUGUCAGGACAGUCUGUAGUAGUGCAUGCUAUCGAGCAGAAACAGACACAGGAAGAGAGACCUGGGGGCUCUACAGAGUUCACCAUUUUAACAAGAUUGAAAUGUUCGGUGUGACUUCGAAUGAGACGGGAAAGGAGAGUUCAGAAUUAUUGGAUGAAUUUGUGAUGUUACAGAAAGAGAUUUUCUCUUCCCUGAAGCUUCAUUACAGAGUCUUGGAUAUGCCCACUCAAGAACUGGGGCCUCCUGCCUUCCGAAAAUAUGACAUUGAGGCAUGGAUGCCAGGACGUGGCAGCUUUGGAGAGAUUUCCAGUGCCUCAAACUGCACAGACUACCAGAGCCGGCGCCUUAACAUUCUCUAUGAGGGAAAUGAUGGAAACCUUAAGUACGCGCAUACGGUAAAUGCUACAGCUUGUGCUAUUCCACGUACCAUCAUUGCCAUUUUGGAGACGCACCAAACCAAGGAAGGGACGGUUCAGAUUCCUGAAGUCUUGCAGCAAUACCUCGGCUUGGAUGUGAUAGAAAAACCUAAAUACACUCCUAUUAAAUAUAUUGGACCAAACCAACCCAAGCGACAUGCCUCAAAAUAACUCCUUAAUAGUAUAUCAGGCUUCAACGAAGUACUGUUUUUACUGUAUUCUCAACUGUGAAUGCAAUGUAUAUAGGUGUUUGUCUUAUAGUGUUUCAAACCUCAAUAAAAUGCCAUCAGUGACA